AUGCCCCGCUCAGGGGAUGACUCCAUCAUCAUCGGGCAUGGUCCCGAUCAAUUGGCGGUACUUGCCGCGGAGGAUGGCGGCGCCAACGGGGUCGCCGAAGCGGCGGAUUCGCUUGGCGAGCUCGACCUUGGUCUCCCAGAUGUGCUUGCUGAGAGCCUCGAACUCGUCGACGUCGAAGGGGGGCUGCUUGCCAUGGCCGCACGUCGGUCGAUGCUGGCCUUAAGAUUGACAAUUCCCGCCUCGAAGGCCAGGCGGAGGGUGACCCAGGUCAUGGUGGGGGUCAAAGCCGGGGCUGCGGCAGCCUGUCCGUUCAUGCUAGUUAUCAAAGCAGGUUAG